GUGCGGCGGGGCCGGGGCGGCCUGCUCUGCCACCAUGGGCGACGGCGGCCCUGAGCCUGACACCUGCCGGAAGGCUGAUAACAAAGAAGAAUUUGUUAGAAUCAGAAAAAAAGACCUGGAGAGGCUGAUGACAGAAGUGAUGCAGUUAAAGGAAUUCUUACCUAGAAUCCUGAAUACAUCAUUUUUGAAGAGCUUCCAGAAAUUAGAAACUCUAGAUGCAAGCUUGAAAAAGAAAGAGCAAGAACUAGUGCAGGUGAGAAUGGAUUGCGAACACUUUAAAGCCCGUCUGGAAACAGCCCAAGAAGAAAGCAUGAGAGAGAAUAAGGAAAAACUGGCCCUCCAACAGCAGCUGAGUGAGGCAAAGUUGCAACUCCUGCAGCAGGCAGAAUACUGUACGGAGAUGGGAUCAGCUGCAUGCACCCUCCUAUGGGGCAUCACCAGCAAUGAGGGGGCAGCUCAAGCCAUUAUAGGAGGAAGUAAGGCAGCAAAGUUUUUCAAUAUCAGUGGACAAACAAUGGAGAGUUACGUCAAAUCGUUAGAAGGGGAUGUCAAACAGCAGCAGGAGCUGGAAUCUGAUGAAAAUCAGUUUGUGUUUGCUUUGGCUGGAAUUGUAACCAACGUGGCCGCCGUGGCGUGUGGGCGUGAAUUCCUGGUUAAUUCGAGUUGCGUGCUGUUGGACACAAUGAUGCAACUUCUGGGAGAUUUGAAGCCCGGACAGUGUACCAAGCUCAAAGUGUUAAUGCUGAUGUCUCUGUACAACGUAAGCAUCAAUUUGAAAGGCUUGAAAUACUUAAGUGAGAGCCCAGGUUUCAUCUCUUUGCUCUGGUGGCUGUUGAGUGAUCCAGAUCCAGAAGUGUGUCUCCAUGCCCUGCGACUUGUCCAAUCUGUCAUUCUAGAACCAGAAGUCUUCUCCAAGUCAGCCCCUGAUCUGCGGGGCUCUCUGCCCCUCCAGCGUGUUGUAGUAUUGUCCCAGAGUCGCAAUGCGGACCUGCAGAAAUUAGCCCGAGAACUCUUGGAAGACCUUAAAGUCCUGGAGGGUGAAAUGUAGGGACACCCAGACCCAGGAGGAGUUUUCAUUUCAGAUGCUGACAUUCUCUUUAAGUCCCCUUUCCUCCGUCCCCCUGUUGAAUUCUGAGGCUGACGCCAUGCCAGGUGUUGUAGAUAUCACGCACUAAGUUAGCCGCGGCCCUCCCAUUCAACCAGCUCAGCUGGUUUAUGAGCUCUAACAAGUUCUUGCAAGAGUGGCAAGACAGAAGUGCAACUCUCCAGGGGCAAAGUGAUCCUUGGCAAAGGCACUUCCUGCCUGUUUGGAGUCUAACAUGCCGGGUGCCCGGGAGGCAUCAGUUUCGUUUAUUUCGGUGCCAGUACCGUGUCUGAAUCUUUUGGUUUCAACGCAGGCACAAAAUUGAGAGUUUGAAAAUCGUCAGUUAUCAGUGGAGGUACAGUGAGAGCUCAAAACUAGAAGCCGACGAGGCUGUUUGUACUCUCCCUUCAGCCGGUCGGAGCUGCGACCCUGACCCUUCUUCACCUUUUCAAGUUAUUAACCUUGGGUCAUCCGCUGCCAGCUUCUGGUGUCGGCAGAUUUCUUCAAAGUGCCAACUAUAGGUCACCUACCCCUCAGCGUUGAUUUUUGAGUCAGUCCUCCAACUCCAUCAUCAUCUCCCAGAAAUCACUCACCAUCUUCCCCUAUGGGUUGGUGUUUCUCAGAGUUGAUUGUUAUGUAUAGUAUCUUUUUUUAAAAAAAAAAAAUGGAGCCGGUUUAGUCCAUCACUAGACCUGACAAUGUUUCAAAGAAAGCAAUUCUUAGAAAUGAUUUGGUUUGCUUCUUAGUUAAGUGGCCCGGCCACUUUCGGUUACACAUGGUUUUUUUAAUAAAAGAGAACUGGAAGAGA